CGUCAUAUCGCUUCGGAGGCUGUUGGAGAGAGGACGGAGGAUAAACGUUGCUGUCGGUACCGGAUUAGACCCCAGAAGGAGGCAGAGGAUGCUCCGGUGAUUUCCCGACACCCACCACCUCUUCACCACCUCCUCUUCAUCACUUCAGUCUCGGAACCUUAUCAAGACUGUUCUGUCUAUCAUCUGUUAUUAUUCACCAUCUCUCCUGGUUGGUUUGGUGUUUGUUCCUCUGCGCUCCAGCAGGAUCACAAACAGGAGAAAGAACAUUUUGGGUUGUUUUUCUUACCCUCUCUUUUCCAGAACAGAAAACAAACUGGGUUUUCAGUCAGUGGAUGUGUUAGAAGGACAUCUGAGAGAAGAAGCAAUACUUGUUGAGAGAAGUGAUCCUUUUCGUCUGGCUUGUAUGUAGCCUAUUGGGGGAUUUUCCUUUGGAGAGACGGAGCUGCGCACGGAGUCUCUCACUUCCAAGGCAGAUCUGUGUCACCGUGCGGAGGAGAAAACCCUCAACGAAUCCGACGCCAGUAAUGAGCUAAAGGCUGUGUGAUCAGAGGAGAGAGGGAGGUAACCAAUCGUGAGAGAAGAAGAAGAGAAACAAGGAGAAGAAGAAAGGCCGGAACGUGAAAGUCGGUGAUGAGUAUCCGCAGCAACAGCUAAUGAACUAGGAAGUUCAUUAACAACAUUUCGGUAGCAAAACCAGGAUCUCACCUCAGUGGGAGCGGCGCUCCACUGAGAGGAAGCAGGAAGUAGGGGGGCGGAGCGACGUGCACGGCUGGCUCAGGUUGGAGCGAAGAUGCUGACGAUGAAGCGGCACGGCCUCGGGCCGCUGAGGGCCUUCCUGGUGUUGGUGGGAAUUUCUGCGCUCUGCAGCGUCGCGUUAGGAACCCGGAGAGGAAAUGUUUCGUUGGAUCAGAGGGGCCACAGACACAGACAUUCAGGUCACUUGUCGCUGCACAGACACAGACAGAGGGCUGGGAAGGAGGGGCAGGUACUCCACAGGUCCAAACGAGGAUGGGUCUGGAAUCAGUUCUUCGUCAUUGAGGAGUACACCGGGCCUGACCCGGUUCUGGUGGGCAGGCUCCACUCAGACGUCGACUCGGGCGUCGGCAACAUCAAGUACAUCCUGUCCGGCGAAGGUGCGGGGACGAUCUUCGUUAUCGAUGACAAGACGGGCAACAUCCACGCCACGAAAACCCUGGACCGCGAGGAGCAGGCCCAGUACACGUUAACGGCCCAGGCCGUGAACAGAGACACUAAUAAGCCUCUGGAGCCUCCGUCAGAGUUCAUAGUGAAAGUUCAGGACAUCAACGAUAAUCCUCCCGAGUUUCUACACGGGCCGUACUACGCCAGGGUGCCUGAGAUGUCCAAUGUUGGUACGUCGGUGAUGCAGGUGACAGCUACAGAUGCUGAUGACCCGACCUACGGCAACAGCGCCAGGCUGGUGUACAGCAUCCUGCAAGGACAGCCGUAUUUCUCUGUGGAGUCUCAGACAGGUAUAAUUCGUACUGCCUUGCCAAACAUGGACCGCGAGGCACGCCAGGAGUACGACGUCGUCAUCCAGGCCAAAGACAUGGGCGGUCACAUGGGCGGGCUGUCGGGGACCACCGAGGUUAAAAUCACUCUCACGGACGUCAACGACAACCCUCCAAAGUUCCCACAGAGUGUGUAUUCCAUGUCCGUAUCAGAGGAUAAAGUGCCGGGAGAGGAGGUGGGCCGCCUCAAGGCCAAAGACCCGGACCUCGGAGACAACGGGAUGGUGAACUACCGCUUAAUAGACGGAGACGGACUGAACAUGUUUGAGCUGAGCACUGACUCGGAGACCAGAGAGGCUGUUAUUAAACUGAAGAAGCCGGUGGACUUUGAGACUAAAAGGUCAUACACUUUGAAGGUGGAGGGAUCCAACCCUCAUGUGGACCCUCAAUACAUCGCUUGGGGGCCUUAUAAGGACGAAGCCACAAUAAAGGUAUCAGUGGAGGAUGCAGAUGAGCCUCCAGUGUUUGUAGCUCCCAGUUACACUUUUGAGGUAGAGGAGAAUGCGCCUGAAGGCACCCUGGUGGGACGAGUCCACGCCAAGGACACCGACGUUGCCAACAAUCCCGUCAGGUACAUGAUCCCUCUGUACACGGAUAUUGAGCAGUUCUUCAGCGUAAACACAGACGACGGCAUGAUCACCACGGCAAGACCACUGGACAGAGAAGCACAGGCUUGGCAUAAUAUAUCUGUGUCAGCCACAGAGAUAGGAGGCCAUCACCAAGACACCAAAGUGCGCGUUAACAUCAAAGUGAAAGAUGUGAACGACAACGCCCCAGAGUUCGCCACCAACAACGAAGUCCUCAUGUGUGAAACUGUGGAGCUGAGGAAGGUGAUUAAAACAGUGAGUGCGGUGGACAAAGAUGAGAUGGCUCACAGACAACACUUCACAUUCAGCCUCGCUCCAGAAGUCGCUCACAACAAGAACUUCUCCCUCAAAGACAACAGAAACAGCACAGCCAGCAUCGUAGUGCUCCGUAACGGAUUCAGCCGCCUCACCCAGGACGUUUACUACCUCCCUAUCGAGAUAAACGACAACGGUUUCCCCUCUCUGAGCAGCACCAACACCCUGACCAUCAGAGUGUGUUCCUGUGACAGCGGAGACACCAUCCGCUCCUGCAACGUGGAGUCCUACGUCCUACCUGCCGGCCUCAGCACCGGGGCGCUGAUAGCUAUCCUGGCCUGUAUCGUCAUCCUGCUGGCGAUAGUGGUGUUGUUUGUAGCGCUGAGGCGUCAGAAGAAGGAGCCAUCGAUAGUGUUUGAGGAGGAGGACAUCAGGGAGAAUAUCAUCACGUAUGAUGACGAGGGAGGUGGCGAGGAGGACACGGAGGCUUUCGACAUCGCCACGCUGCAGAACCCAGAUGGUGCCAACGGUUUCCUGCCAAGAAAGGACAUCAAACCAGAGCUUCAGUAUCCCAUCAGGCCCGGCGCCGGCCACACCGCGGCCAACAGCGUCGACGUCGACGACUUCAUCAAGACUCGAAUCGCAGAGGCCGACUGCGACCCGACUGCGCCUCCUUACGACUCCAUUCAGAUCUACGGAUACGAAGGCAGAGGAUCACUGGCUGGGUCACUGAGUUCCCUCGAGUCCGUCACAACAGAGUCCGACUUGGAUUAUGACUAUCUGCAGAGCUGGGGGCCGAGGUUUAAGAAGCUGGCGGACUUGUACGGGACCAAAGACUGCUUCAUGAACGAUGGGGACGACGGUGAAGACUCUUAACGGCGGUCUCACUGAGUGGACGCCCCCCCGAUUUCUGAUUUACUGAUUCCAUGAGGAUUUGUUAACUGAGGGUUAACACUCCCCAGUACCCAAUUCUUACCAAGUACCACCUGAUCCGUUCAUGCCAACGUGUCAAUGGACGUUAACAGCUCCCCCCUUACAUGGCGCCUCCCUGGUCCUCCAAGACGAUUUGUUAAUGAACACAUAAUGAACGCUUGGACUCCCCAAAUCUCUCCCUCCCCACCUACAGUAUGUCUCUUUCCCUUUCUCUUUCUACAGACUUGAGCAUCGCAGGGCUGGGAGAUUCGUUAUGUCACCAGUUUGAAAGUAAAUUGUUGGGAAAAAAAUGUUGCUGCGUGAUCAAAAUGACUUGCUUCUAGCUAACUGUUUAGUUUCUUUGAGGUUCUAUAUACUUUUGUGGACUGGAUUCACGUACUUCCUCAAUGGUUCCUGAGAGAUUUGAGUCCCUUGAGUGGGUAUUUUUCCCAUGGUUGCUCUCUUUGUGGUGUAUGUAAAGACACAAAGAAAGAGAGGGAGGAAGGUUAGUAUGGGAUCCAGCAACUGCCUGAUGAUAUGAAAGAGAACUAAAAGGUAAUGAAGACGUAUCGGUGGGGUCCAACAAAAUGCUUUUUUCAAAUUUGUAGUUGUGUGUGCAGAAUUCAGCAGGUACUGUGGUUCAGAUAGCGUGACCGACUCUGGGUUGUUGAUACUUUGAAGACGCUCGCAGCAUCUUCACAGUAUGGUGGCCUUAUAAUAAAUAAACAACAACUCCAGGGGUAAACACAACAAGAGUAACAAUAGAGACCGCUAGCUUCAGUAGCGACACGCAGAUCAAACCCACAAGGACUGAGUAUCUGUGAAAACAAAGCUACACAAAAAAUGUUUUUUCUACUCCCAAAAAGACUGGAUUCAAUUUAAACAAACUGUGGAUGAUUCUUUCGUUUUCAUUCUUCACUGCAGAGAAGACGUGAAAAGAAAAAGCUGCCCUUCUCCACGCCCCCCGUGUCCCCAUCCCUCCUCCCAUCAACAAUCACUCCCCCAUACCGAGUCCACCGAUGAAUGAUCACUUCCUCAUCCAGAGUCCACCAAUGAUGAUCAAUCACAAUGAGUAAAAAAAACCUGUGAGCUCUAAAAAUCGCCUUAAACUUAACGGACACUCUUGCAACGCAGUGCAUUCUCUCUUUUAUUUUCUCCUUUUGUUUCUUUUUGUAACUUGAGAAGUAUAUUCAGAAAGCAAACUAUUCUCCAUGUUAGGUAUGUACAGAGCAAUGUGCAGACGUGUGAUAUCACUUUUGAGGAUCCAACUUGCGCCUCUCGUGCACUCUUUAAAAACGGGAUGUUGCAGUUUCUGCGAGAACAGGUAAAUGUAGACCGGGAAAAUGUGCGUUGUGUUUUUUUCCCUCAACACCGGCUAUGUUGUUAGCAACACCUGUUGUAUCAACACGUGUCGCUAUUUUAACAUAAAACGUGCGCACUGGAAAAUAACACAAGGUGUGUUUACGGAGCCACAUCUACAGAGAGGCUGAAACCACAACAUCCUUUUUAAGCGUGCAGGUUCUCUUUUUUAAUGUUAUUAUAUUAUUAUGAUUAUUAUCGUUGUUUUUUUAUUAUGGUUAUUAUUAUUAUUAUUAUCAUCAUUAUGACAAUUGUUCUUUCUUUGGCUGCAGCUACACAGGGACAAGUUCAUGUUUAACUCUUUGCAGAUGAGAUGUUCUUAUAGUUGUCUAAACAUGGACAGACUACACAGUGUUUCAUCUUUGGACAGCUAUAAGAAAUCUACUGCCAGAAGUUAAAUAUCAUCUUUGGUUUAUGCCUGUGUGAAUACAACCUCUCUCAUUUCUUUUGUUUUGGUUUGUUUUUUUACAUUGUUUGAUCGUUCUUUCUCCCUGUUCGAGAGGAAAAACUAGCAAUCUGUGUUUGUUGCAGUGAGAGAACGCCUCGUUUUUAUUCUCUGUCAAGUUUUAUGGUACCGAUUUGUACAAUUUUAAAAGUUCUUAUUUUAGUAUACAUGCAGAAUAUUCCAGUAUUACAACAAAAACAUGUUAAGAAGAUAAGAUUAAAUAAAAAAAAUGUUACAGCAUCACACUUAUAUUUUCUGAACAUUGUAAUGUUGCUUUACUAUGUGCUUCAAUCUCCGAAGCGAAAAAAAAAACAAAAAAACUUUGAAAUAAAUGCUCUUUUUAUAAAAUGAUAUUG